AUGAAUUCCGACAAGAGAGCCCAGAGUCGAAUGGCUCGUAGUGCCAUCUCGUCUGAUCCAAUAAGCACGGAUGGAUCCUACGAUAUAAUACGCUCUGUGCCAUCUUCGCUACGCAAAGAGUACUCAGGGGAUCAUAAUGCAGCCUCAAAGUUCGCUGAGGCGAUGAACAACCCAGAUUGGCGUCGUCGGCGUGAAAGUUGCAGUGCCUACGACUCGAUAGCUACGACAAGUAGCAACGCGGGUUGGGUCACCAUAGGCAGUAGUGAAAGCUCCCAGCUUCAUACAAACAAGGAUGCCAGUACAUACAGCAGAAGUGGACGAUCUUGCACUUGGGACUCCAUCAACAGUACCAAUCACUGGCGAUCCAGUCUUGACAGCUCCGAAGUUAGCAGCAGAGAUAUGAGUGAGGCUCCCAUUGACAAAGAUCGUCCAAGCGUAGAUCGAUACAAUAUGCCUACGGCGGUGAACAAGAACUUGGGAUAUAGCGCCCAUGGAUUAUGCGCCCUGCUAGACAAUUCUGAGAUCAUCGAUGCUCCUAAAGACGUCAGAAUACUGAAGUUGGUUCCUCUCUUACCCGAGGACGGUAAUCCACAGGAUUCCGGUCGUGUCAUCAUGGAGCAUGACAAAUCGUAUCCCAUUGCUCACAUACAGCCCGCGCGUGGAAUACUACCGCGGUGGGAUGUAUCUGUAGAGGCAGCAGAUGAGAGAUACCGAAAGUAUCUCAGCUUCUUUUCUGAUCGAUCGAGCGAAGAGAGGUAUAACACGUCGAAAGGCUCUGGGGCUGGAAACAUUGAGAGGGCCAGAGAGGCUGUUUAUCAGGACCCAGCAGUCACCAAUGUUGGUAACAGAAUCGGCGAAUCGCAGGAGAAGACCGAGGUGCCUCCGCCUUUUGUAUCCAACAACCUAAGGACACAUGAGCUCAGCCGUAGAAACGAGGCUUUCAAGAAGAUCUUGAGUAGACUUCAGGCAGCCAAGACCAACAAAAGCGAAAAGGUGGUUACAGAAAGGCCGAAAGAGGAAACUGGGCAAAGAAGCGAGGAGUUCCAAAGGCUUCUGAAAAAACUUCGGCAUCAGUCCGGGUCAGAAACUCGACACCCAACAGAAGAGCACAGUUUUCAGCCAGAGCUCUCGAAAGAGCCGUACAAACCGCAACGCAAAGACAUAAGUUCUGAUCCUGCAAUUGUCUCAGCUUACACCAGCUACUCCAAGAAGAAAGAGUGGUCUCAAGACUCUGGGGUUUUUAUGGACUCGGAGUUGAACCCCAGAGCAAGAGAGUUUCUGUCGUUCAAAAGCUUCGCAAGGGCAUCAACGAGCUCAGACGAUCCCAGCAUAUCGGAACGAGGAUUGCUCCAGCAGAUGGGCUUAGGCAAGGGUAGCGAGGAAAGUGAAUAUUUUGUCAACCAGCCUGCCGAGAUGGAAUCGACGAGUUUGAAUCAUAAUAUGCCUCCCAUGAAGUCAGACUACCUCAGCGCAAGUGAGAAAGGGGACACAAACCCAGAGACUAAUCCGAUUCCUAUUGGACAGCAAGGCUUGGUAGGGUUCGAUCACACAUCAAACAUUCUGCCGUUUUCCAAUGUUGCAUUUCCGUUCGGCGCUUGUCAGACCCCAAUGCAGAAUAUCGCUGCCCCUGAAUUGCUAUCCAGCCUUGGAUUGGUGACACCAAUUGGAAAAUGGCCACCAACCACCAGUUUCGGAAACCAACUCAAUCUACCUACAGCCAAUCUUCCUUUCCAGUCAUGUGCGGUUGCACCCAACCCCUUGAUGGGCAUCAAUGCAACUCCUCAAUUGCCUUGCAAUCCAACGCUAGGAAGCAGUGGUUAUUCAGCUUGUCCACCUCCUGUCUUUAAACCGAUACUCCCUGACCCAAUCCAGCAACAAAAAUAUGAAGCGUACAUCGAAUGGCGUAAAGCCAACGAACCAGGAUACGCCCUUGCAUGCAAGAGCCGACAACAGCGUCGGGCCCAGCGUGGUUCAAUCCCACCACUUCCAACGCUUGGAAAGGUGCAACACAGUGAGGUUCAACCUGUGUGA